GGCAAGGCUCAGAGCCUCAUCUAGGUCGAUACUUAUCACUUGCAACCAGAUGCUUUUACCUCCAGAUUUAUUAGUAGCUAGAUCUCCCGCUCAACCACGUAAAGUACCGUUCCAAAUCCUUUCUGCUACUUGCACUACCAAUUCAAAUAACAGCCGCAAAUAUGACUACGAUAGCUGAAGGACCUUCUGUCUCGGUAAGAUGUGGCCGCAGCGAUCAAAAUUACUUACCUAGCAUAAGCUGACUCUGAUUCAGGACCUGGCUGAGAAGCUUGCAGCUAUUGAGAAAAAGUUGUCUGAGCUGGAGAUUAAGUACAGUGGUGUUCCUCAGACGGCAGAAGCGCUCACUCCAAAGGGAAAGGCCAAUGAGAAAGACCUCAACGCCGGGUCAGUAGUAGGUGAUAGACAGGCUGACCAGGCGAGUUUUCCUUCUUACCUUAUAGCCAUGCUGAUGAAAAGCUCUACCAGGAAAUCGAAGAGGACAACUCCGACCCUCGCGUCAAGGUGGUGAUCAUCAGGAGUGACCCAGAAACAGGCGAGCCUAUCGAACAGGCCAGUAAGCUCCAGACAGUCAAGCGUGAGGACCAGAAGCAACGGGCGUUCAUACUGCGCAAGAAUGUCUUCGAUGCCAAGUUCAUGCGGUACCAAUUGGCCAACAGUUCCGAGAUCGACAUCAUCAACCCCGAACUAUGGGAAUUGCUGAAGGAGCAUCUGGGCCAUUACCCAUAUCAUAUUUUCCGUGACUCCCCCGUUACUCUCCAGUCGCCAUUCGAACCUAUCAUCUUCCAUUUCGAUGAGCUUAGUUCUGUGGCUCAGCAAAGCACCCAAGAUGAAACCGAUGCCCAAAGGGUAGCACGCGAGGAUAUGAAGCGGCUGUUAGAUGUCAUCUCAAGCGGGGACUCAGGCGACGAGAAACUGGACAAGUACUUCAAGAUGCGACCCAACUACAGAAAGCAAGUUGAAGAGAACACGAUCGACCCAGAGACUAUUCAGUUUAUGGACUUGUGGACAGCUUUUCCGCCAGGGACUUUGAUUUUCGGCAAGCCUUUCCAGGGCGAGGACCAGGUGUUUGUGGUCAAGGAUAACUGUAGCACUUGGCCACAAAAGCUCCCGAUGCGUAAUGGUGGAAGGACUUAUAAUCCCUGGGAGCUGGACGCAUGGACAUACGACUGGAAAGACGGCAACUUUCGGCGAAUUGACUUCACACUGGAAUUCGAAGAAUUCGACGGACAUCUACCGCUAACCUCCCUACCCUACUUUCCUUUCGAGCUGCAUCCUCAGCAUGAAGAUGUCAGGAAGCGGCUUAUUGAGCGUGGCAUGAAAUUCCGUAAGAUAUGCGAGGCCAAAGAGGACCAACGACUCUUUGAUUACGGCGGCCAAGCUAUUUCGGAACAGAAGGGAUUCGCGAAACACGAUAAGGAGGUUCGUUGCUAUCCUGUGUUAUAACUGAUCCACCAGAGACAAACGCUAAUGGGGGUAAUCUUUGUGAUUUUAGGGUGGACAUGUGGCAGAUUGGCGCUCUUCAAGCUCGAACGAUCUAUCGUUUCUAUUGAGCUAUACUGGGAGGAAACCUACUGAAUCACUUAUUCAAAACGCCAAAUCUACCGACGUAAGAUCUCCUCAGUUUCGGACAUGAUUUUUGAGGCUCCAAGAAGACUGAACUCUUUCCCAGGUCCGAAGCAGAGUCAUGGUAGAUUACGAUUCCUUCUUUCAGUACGCCCGAGAUGAAGGGCGAAACGGACCCCUUGAGCCAGCAGACGGAGGCCCAGGGUGCAUGUGUUCAGACUGUCAAAGCAAUGAAGGUCUAGAUAAAAGAUACAGGCUCCGAUUUGACAUGAAGGCCGGUGAUAAAGAAUGGGAAGAUGACCAGUAUCUGAUAUGCCCGCCACGAGUUCUAGGCUAUGUUCUAGCAAAUAAGGAAUGGGCACAGCUGCAGGUAACGAGCUUAAGUCCGAUCACCGCAGGCAGCAAGAAAGACAUGAAUACUCAGUUUAGCCUUCUCAAGCUUGCUGAUGAUGCUGAAGACAAUACGAAAUCCAAUCGAGAUACUCGAAAGCGCAGGGGUGAGCUCUUCCGUUCCAAAAAGUCUAUUUGAGUCACCUAACGGACAUGGAAUAGACACGAGCACCAAAGGACUACUGUUAGACCUUGUUCGUAGUCAUACGACAAUGCAAUCAGGAGAACGAGACGAUGAAACAGAACAGAAGAAUACAAAGCUCGAAGUGGAUGAUAUUAUUCCAGGAAAGGGGAAAGGACUUGUCGUCCUGCUAUACGGUAAUAUUUCAGCAUUCACCCCUUUCAGAUAAGGGUUACAGAAUCUCAUUAGCUCAUACUAUUAUAUUAACACAUCUUGCAUAGGACCCCCGGGAGUUGGGAAAACGUCGACAGCAGAAAUGAUGGCCAUAGCUACCAAGAAGCCGUUGUUCUCCGUGAGCGUCGCCGACGUGGGUACAGAAGCCAAGCAUGUAGAGGCCAAUCUCUCGAGAAUAUUUGCAUUAGCUACAAAGUGGCACGCCAUUCUCCUCAUGUUUGUUCUUCCACACAAAUUAGUCCACUAUAGACUAUAUAUUUGUCUUUCCAAGUCAUUCUAAUUUAAAUUCGCAGCGAUGAGGCUGAUGUGUUCCUCGAGAGCCGCGGACGAGGCAGCAAAGUUCAAUCGGCAGACAAAAAUGCUUUAGUCUCAGGUGCGCGCAAAUGCUUAGAUCACAUAAUGCUGUGACGGAAACUAACGUGCUCUGAUGCAGUAUUUCUGCGUGUACUCGAGUAUUAUCACGGCAUCAUGUUUUUAACCACCAACCAUAUAGCAAGCUUCGAUAUUGCUAUCGUCUCACGUAUUCACGUGGCCAUUCGCUUCGAGAGUCUGGACCAAAAACAGACAGAAGCGAUCUUCCGAAAUUUCCUUGACAAGCUAGAAGAUAACCGCCUCAUUGAAAGCUACACCGAUAGGGAUGGUAUCUUAGAUUGGCUCGAGGACACUGUAUACAGAGAAGGUCUUGACGGCAGACAGAUCCGAAACGUCGUCACGACAGCUCUUGGUUUGGCUCGGGCGGCGAAGGAAGAGGGAGAUGGGAACGGAAAAUUAACCAAGGAACAUCUGAGGAGGGCUUUCUUGAACGUCAACACUUUCAAGAACGAUUUCAAGUUACAGAUGCAGAGAUACAAGGAUAGUCAGGAGAAGAUGAUUAAGUAGUGAUAGGACGGAUUUAUAAUAUCACUUUGCGG